GCCCACUUGACAUUCGAUCUUAUUGCCCUGGAUCUUUAUGGCGGACUCGGAUGAGCUGGAUAAUUCCGAAAACCAGACUAUUCCCACGUUCUGGCACUGAGAGCCGCGAGUCCUGAAUGCAACAGUGGCAGUAUAGACCAUAUUCUUAAGGUCCUGGCAUCACACAAGCAUCCGUUUAUUUUAAUAGGCCCCUCCGCAUCACGAUGGAUGGGCACCAGAUGCUUGCCAUCGGACGAAUGCGACAUGCUUGUCCGAGACAACGAACUGCUGGCAAUCGCUUCAGACCUCGUCAAAACGGGACUCUAGGAAAUCCACAGUCCAGUGCGAUUUCCACACGGAGGACCGUUGCCUCCCACAAAAUGCGAUGCCGCUCUCGUGUUGCGAAGACGAGAUGUUGAAGAUGAAAAUGCCCAGGGUGAAUAUCGCCAUCUACUCCUUUGGUCGGAAACCACCUACCGCCUCAGUAUGGAUGAGUGUCCCCCUGUUGAAGUUCCGGAUGUAUAUCCCUGGCCAAGCAUACUGGUUGAAGAAAAUUGGCAUCCGGCUAUUCACCGCGAGGAUGGGUGCUGGUAUGGCCCUCGUCUGCAUCCAGGUACGAAAGUGCCGAACCAGGGCAACCGUGUCAUUCUCUUCCCCAAAACGUUGCCACGAGGGAAAAGCGCAACGAACAAGUAUCCCAUCCUAAGUCCAAUGAUUCAUGCUUAUCUAGACGCCCUUAUAUACCACAAGAAACACUACGGGAAGACAAAACCAGGACUGACCUUCAUUUCGGUCAUGGCAAAUUGACAAAUUGACGCGGUAUAUAUAUCUUGAGCUGCCUCAUCAACAAUUGCCGCUGCUUAUAGAGCUUGAAGAAUAUGAGUUUAUGGAGAGUUACCUUAAGAAAUAUAAGAGGAAGCCGUUUUUCGUCUAUUGCCAAACACCGCGAUCAGAAUCAGUCUUGGUGCGAGUUAAGGAGUGGGAUCCCACCAGCUAUCCAAAUCGAUGCAGAAAGAGG